UAAUCCAAACAUUAUAACAAAAAAACAUCCAAAGCUAAAAAAAAAACAGUCAAUCGGAUAACUCUAAAGAAAUUAUAGAAAAACAUAUAAAUAUAUAGACACGAUAUUACAUUUAUCGAGAUUAUUAUUACAAGUUAUGGCGUUUGAUGAAGAUAUGAAAAUGGCGUCUUUCUUGAGAGAAGAAGAAGAACAGCACUAUUCUUCGUUAUCAAGACUCUCCGUAUGUUCCAACUACGACGGCGACGAAGCCGACGACGAACCUUCUGAUUCCGACUAUAAACGUGGCGGCGGCGGCGGGGGAGGAGAUAAUAAGUCUUUGGAGGAGGAGCUUAACUUUUCAGAUUCUGAUAAAGGUUCAACGGGUUGUCAAUCACUUCCGGCGACACCUCCGAGACGAAGAAGACGGCGAGGAGGAUAUUUGGGGGUGAGUUCACCGGUCUACGGAGAUAAAGCUUACGCUAGCGAGAACGAAGUUCAAAAGGAGAGCAAGAAUCAGAGGAGGAGGAGGAGGAGGAGGAGGUUGAGACCGGAGUAUCCACCGUGGGUUGAUAGCAUGCGGAGGAGUUACGUUGGAGAUGAGCAUAGUGGUCACGGUGGUUACGGAGGAGGAGUGGUGGUUGUGACGAGGCCGAUAGGAGGAGGAAGGCCAUUGUGUAUGGAUUUAGGAGAAGUGAAAGCUUGUAAAGAUUUAGGAUUUGAGCUUGAACCGGGUCGGGUUUCGUAUUCCGGGUCAACGAUGGAUACUAGUAGUGGCGGCAACUCUCCUAUCUCUUCUAACCACCGCAUUUCGAGUCCUGGGGAUGAUCCUAAAGACGUGAAAGCGAGGCUUAAGGCGUGGGCUCAUGCUGUAGCGUUUGUGUCCACUACUCAUCAUCAACCUCCUAAUUCUUUAUGAUUCCCCCUCUCAUACCAAUUUUUUUUUUUUUUUUUUUUUUACUUCAAAAACAUAAGAAAUAACAAAAAAAAAAAAAUCAAACUCCCAAACAUUUUCGAGUUGCAUUUUGAAAUAUUCUUUUUGGGUUUUUUAUUUGAUAAAUUUUUACGGAUUUUCUUCUGUUUUUUGUGUGUGUGUGUGUGUGUUGACGGUGUCACGGUGAUAUUUGGCAAUUGAUGUGGACUACAUAAACAUAAGCCAAAAGUAUAGAGUUUGAUGAUUGACUU